AUGUCUACUACUACUACCCCCAUCAUGUCUGCAAAGAGCAAUAAAACCGCCAAACUUCCUGCCAAGCCUCAUGCCAAGCGCACUCCGGCUGCCAAGCCUCCAGCCAAGCGCACACGGGCUACCAAGGCUUCCAAAACCGCCGAGAGUUCUAAAACCGCAGAACUUUCUGCCAAGUCUUCCGAAACCGUCAAGCCUACCGAAAUCGCCGAGCUGGUUCCCAAGCCUUCUGAUUCUGGCACCCCUGCUGCCACCGUCAAGCCUACCGCUAAGCAUCCCGCCAAGCGCACCCGAGCUGCCAAGGCUUCUAAGAGCGCCGAGAGUUUUCAAACCGCCGAGCUUCCUGCCGAGCCAGCUGCCAAGCAAGUCGAUACCGCGGAGCCAGCUGCUGAGCCUUCUGCUUCCGGUACCCCUGCUGCCAAGCAAGCCGAUACCGCGGAGCCAGCUGCCGAGCCUUCUGCUUCCGGUACCCCUGCUGCCAAGCAAGCCGAUACCGCUGAGCCAGCUGCCGAGCCUUCUGCUUCUGGUACUCCUGCUGCCAAGCCUUCCGAUACCACCGAGCCGAUUACCAAGCCUUCCGAUUCAGGCACCCCUGCUGCCAAGAUUUCCGAAUCCGGAAGGCUUGGUACCAAGCCUUCCGAAACCCGCCCCAUUCAGUAUCAUGAGUCAGCUGCUGAGGCAUUAGUAAUGGGUGGUGUUACCAAUACGGCUACUGCUAAGAAAUUGGCUAGUAUAGAUUGGAUUAGACCUGUUAUGGUUAAGGAAGACAGGGGUCUUAAUAUGGCAAGGCCAGUUAAUGUUGAGGCUAUAUUGGGAUACAGUAGGGGUGAACUUGCAGAGGCAGUUUGUGACUGUUGUACUGACAGUAAGGGCCCUUUUAUUGAAUGUGUAACUGUGCAGGGUAUGUUUGCAGGUAGUUGCACCAAUUGCCACUACAAUAGCCAAGGCAAAUAUUGCAAUUUUCGUCCUGAAAUUAAACCUCGCGAACGCUCUGCACCCAUUGCAAGCUCUUCUACAGUUACUGCGGAGGGUGCAGACAGGUAUAGGAGAGUUGCAAAGAGGAAGCGGUCCACUACCAAGGAAAAAUGGCUGAGGCUUUUGAUAGCGGUGGAGGGAGUGGCUGAUGCAAUUGAGGAUAUCAUGGACGAAAUGGAAGAUUAA